AUGCCGUACAAGAACCCUUUCCUCAGGCUCCCGGUAGCCCUCCACGACACCUUCUGCAGUUUCCAAACUUUCAGCCCAUAUUUGCAGACGUGCAGCCUGCAGUACUGGAUAAAUGAAUACACCUCCACACUGGGUAUUGGAGUCUUCCAUUCUGGCAUUGAAAUUUACGGCAGAGAAUUUGCCUAUGGAGGGCACCCCUACCCUUUCAGUGGGAUUUUUGAGAUCACACCAGGCAGUGCUGUAGAGCUUGGCGAGACCUUUAAGUUCAAAGAAUCCAUUGCCCUGGGCACAACAGACUUCACAGAAGAAGAUGUGGAUAAAAUUAUGGAAGAGCUGGGCAAGGAAUACAAGGGCAAUGCCUACCACCUGAUGCACAAGAACUGCAAUCACUUCUCAGCUGGCUUGGCAGAGAUUCUGUGUGGGAAGGAAAUCCCACGCUGGGUGAACCGCCUGGCCUACUUCAGCUCCUGUAUCCCCUUCCUCCAGAGCUGCCUCCCUAAGGAAUGGCUGACUCCGGCAGCACUGCAGAGCCACAUAAGCCUCGGGCUCCACAAGGAAGAGCAGGGAGACACAACUGAUGAGGAAUCCCCAUCCACUUCUGCAGCUGCUUCAGGCCCUUCGAGAACCUGCAGACAUACGAGGGUCUGA